GAUGCUGUGAUGCCACCAUCUGUCCCAGCACUGGAAGGUUCUGAUGGUUAUUACAGUCACUUUAAUUUGCUUCCUGCUUGUCCUGCUGCGCUGAAGUGUUUGAGCCUCAUGGGAUCCCUUCUUGAUCAGCAGAGAGUUAUUCUGGAUGAAAAACAGCCUUGCCAAGGGACAGCUGAAUAAUGGUCUCCAGUUCCAUAGGCUUCCUUUUGGACUGCGAUGCUCAGGCAGUUAAAGGGUCUUUGCACCCGCCCUAUCACAAAUGGAACUGGAAUACCUCCCCUUGAGGAACUUUCCACCCCUCCAUCAUCUGUGAUGUAUCAUACAAGCUGCUUUAACUGAAUAAACUGGACAAGUCAUGGUUAUUUCUACUGGACUUUCACAUCUGGAAGAUGCUCAGGAGAGGGGUUUGCUCCCCAUCAACACUCUUCACGCUCUCUUUGGUCAUGCCUUUCCUGUCACAGUGCUCAGCUGGCAACUUCAAUCCCUGCUUGGAGGUGGUUCCUGGCCUGACUUACAGAUGCAUGGAUUUGAAUCUCUCCAGAGUUCCUGCUGAAAUCCCGCCUUCCACCCAGAACCUAGAUCUGAGUUUCAAUCCACUGGGAUCGCUGGGCUCAAAUAACUUCUCAGCAGUCCCUGCAUUGAAGUUUCUGGAUCUUGCUCGGUGUUGCCUCCAGACAAUUGAAAAUUAUGCCUUUGAGGAUCUUUGUAACCUGUCCACCUUGAUUUUGACUGGAAAUCCCCUCCGGUACCUUGGUCCAUCAGCCUUCUUUGGUUUGUCAUCCCUGCGAAGACUGAUAGCCGUAGAAACCAACAUAUUCUCUCUGGCUGACCUCCCCAUCAGACACUUACAUACCCUGGAGGAGUUGAAUGUGGGCAACAACCACAUAGAGUCUUUGACACUACCAAAAUACUUCACCAACCUGACCUCCCUCAGAUUCCUGAGCCUUCAAUCAAAUAGGAUCUCGUACAUCUCCAAAGGACAGCUGGAUGUUCUGCAGGAAAGAAAGGGACCCUAUCUCACAUUAGUGCUGUCUUUGAAUGAUAUAAAAUAUAUUCAGCCAGGUGCCUUUGAAGGCAUUCAGCUCCAUGAGCUUUCCUUGAGAGCUUGUUUUAACAAUUUCACAGUUAUGAAGGAUUGCCUCCAGGGUCUUGCUGGUUUGCAGGUCAAUAGACUCAUCCUGGGGGAGUUCCGUAAUAUUUGGAGAGUGGAGAACUUUCAAAAUGGGCUCCUGGAUGGACUGUGUCAAGUACAGAUGCAGGAGUUUGUGUUCAUCUGCUUCAAAAGGUUCAAAAAUAACACGGACACGCUCUUUGAGUGCCUUCUCGAUGUCUCCACUAUCCGAUUCGUGGACCUCUACCUCAGCCAAGUGUCAGCGGUUCCUGAGUUCUCCCAAGUACAAAGCCUGGAAUGCAAAUUGUGCAAGUUUGGGGAGGUUCCUGCGGUGAAGCUGUCCCUCUUCAAGAAGCUAAGAGUGCUCCGGAUUACCAAGAGCAAGUACCUCACUAACUUCGUGAAGGGCUUUAAGGAUCUGCCUAGCCUAGAGGUGCUAGAUCUGAGUGAGAAUGAGCUCAGUUUCACCAUGCGCUGCUCCUUUCUUUUGGCUGGAACCCCAAAUUUGAGGCACUUGAACCUAAGUUUCAAUAAUCUCAUCACCUUGAAGGACCCUUUUAGUUGCCCGAAUGGACUGUUAUCCCUGGAUUUUCAGCACUCAAUACUAAAAAACUUUGGUACGAUACCUCUCUUCCGCUUCUUCACAAAUCUCACCUACCUUGAUAUUUCCUACACUAGUGUUCAGAUCUUGUGCGAAUGUGUCUUUUGGGGCCUGGAAUCCCUGCAGGUGCUCAAGAUGGCUGGCAACUCCUUUAAGGACAACAGCCUGGCCAACAACUUCAGGAAUCUAACCCAGCUGCGCACCCUGGAUGUUUCCAAUUGCAAAUUGUUGCAGGUGUCUUCAAGCACAUUUGCAAACCUCCGGAACCUGCGAGAUCUCAACAUCAGCAACAACAGGUUGAAGACUCUUGACAGCAUGACCUUCCUGCCUCUGCAGGCCCUCACUGUCUUGGAUUUCAGCAACAACCAGCUAACAUUCCUGACGCAUACAGCUCUGAAGAGCCUGAUAGACAGGCUGAUCUACCUGGACCUCUCUCACAACAUGUUUGAUUGUUCCUGCACCCAUUUAAGCUUCUUUGAGUGGGUCAAGAAACAGAAGCAGUUGCUUCAAAACAUUGAGAGGAUGGUUUGUAGUAGCCCUGUUAACAUGAAGAAUGUGAGUGUGCUGAACUUUGAUCUAUCCAACUGUCAGCUCAGCAUAACCCUGGUGGCUGUUUCAGCAAGCAUGGCCCUUGUUGCAGUCCUGAUCAUGUUCCUGAUUUACAAGUACUAUUUCCACCUGUACUAUGCGGUGGUGCUGCUCAGUGGGUGUAAGCAUUCCUCUGAGAGGGGAGACACCUAUGAUGCUUUUGUCAUCCACUCCAGCAAAGAUGUUGACUGGGUUAAAGAGGAGCUGGUGAAAACCAUAGAGGAGGGAGUUCCCCCCUUCCGCCUCUGCAUCCACUACAGAGACUUUGUGCCUGGGGUGCCCAUCGUCUCCAACAUUGUCCAGGAAGGAUUCCUGAGCAGCAGAAAGGUCAUUGCUGUCAUCUCCAGCCACUUCCUAGAGAGCCAAUGGUGUAAAUUUGAGUUUGAGAUUGCCCAGUCCUGGCAGUUCGUGGAGGGCAAAGCUGGAAUCAUCCUGAUUGUUCUGGAGGAAGUGGAUAAGGCAAUGCAGCGGCGUCUGCUGGGGUUGUCCCGGUACCUGAGGAGGAACACCUACCUGGAGUGGAAGGACAAAGAGGUCAGCAAGCACGUCUUCUGGAGGCAGCUGAGGACAGCCUUGCUAGAUGGCAAAACAUGGAACCACGAAGAGGUCAGACUAAUGUGAACAGGCCACCACAGGCUUCUCUACAUCCUGUUCCUUCUCUCUCCACCUGGUUCUGGCUGAAAUCCAGGGUUACGGUGCUGGUUCUGCAGGAGGCAUGUCCCUCAAGCAGCCUGUUGGAGUUGGAGGAAUUUAAUUGGAAGAGGAGAGUGGCAAAUCCUGCAAAAUGCUUGCUGUUGGUUCUGUUGCACCCUUUAAAGCAGGGGUUGGUUGGAAACCUACAGCCUGUAGGCUGGAUCCAGCUUGUGAAACCAUUGGAUCCAGAGUAUGCGUGCAGAGGUUCGGCUACAUUUGAAGGUGGGGAGUUUUGGCCAGGGGUGAUCUCCCCAAGCUGCUGUGGAGAUAAGCAGAGUUGGCUGCUGGGUCCCAGCAGCUGCUUGGCUCUAGGCAGACUUCCCCUGGGCCGAGGACCGCAGGACUCCAGAGUCCCCUGUUGGGAGACAGACAGCCAUGCUGGAGCUUCCAAGCCAUAUACUUUUGAGCUGGUAUGCCAAAAGCCCUAGGAGCCCCAGCUCUAAUUGUGGCAAAAUUACUUGCAAGGUGGAAGCCCUGUUUUUUGGCUUGUGCUGCUACCAUGCUUUCCAUCUUUGGUCCUGAGCACUUGUGGUCAAUGAAAUCAGUGAGUCACUGAAAACCAAUGGAAGUCACUUGCGUUCAGCAGCUCUGAAAAUCAAACUAUUCCUUUUCUGCGAUUGCUUCCAGCCUUUCUACUGUGGCUAUGUAAGGGAGUGUCACCAGAGACUGCCCUACUUGCAUAGGCUUAGGCUUGAUUGUGUUCACGGUACUUGUAUGUUCUGGCCAAAGUUAGUCCGUGGGUAAGCAAGUGCCACUCUCUGAUUAUCACUGCUUACACCAGUGUCUGUAAAGUGCUCUGGUAGCCUAUGGGGUCAAAUGAGCUGUAGACAUUUUAACUGAUGAAGUUGUUGUUUUCCAGAGUUCUGAUGAUAAAUUAUUAGGGCCAGCUCCUGAGAGUUUUGCCUUUGGUUUAUUGGGAGCAGGUUUGACCUUUAGUAUUGCCAUGUAGUGGAAUUUCUGCCUCUAAUAAAUGAAUGAAGGAGGGGAGGUACAUAGGUUAAUGCAGUGGAGAACUGAAUGUAUCCCUGCCUUGAGAAAAGUCCUCUCUUGGACAAAGUGUUUGGGAGGGUUCUUAGGGGAUGUAUUGCUAAAUAACAGAUUGCCCUUUUUAUAUAACUAUUUGGAAGGCCUCAGGUAUGAUUAAUCAGUGAGUCAGACAGCUCUUUUUUAAACUAGCACAACCCUAAUGAAAUCAGUGACACUAUCCUAAUGUAAAACAGGAGCAAUGCAGUCAUGAAUCAGAUCUGUUAUUUAUUCAAGAAGAGAGGCCUGAUGCUCCUCUCUCUCCCAUGGGCACAGGUCAAGAAUAUCUCCAUUGCAGCCAAGUAUAAUUGAUAACAAAAUGAGGCAAAAGCCUGCUCAGAGAUCAUUUUAGACUUUGUGGCUUGUGCUGGCAUAAGCCAGAUUCCCUUUUCCUCCUUGUGUGGUGGAGGAAUACUCACUGCUGGAAAAAAAAUAGUUCACUCUCUGGUGUCUUUUGUUUCAAGGGAGGAACUGUAAACGACUAAUAAAACAGGGAUCCACUCUGCAUUUGCA